GGCAAUAACUACUAAUAUUUUGAUUUUGAAUUUCAAAUUUCGAUAACUUUUUAUUUAUUUAUUUUUUCUCUUUAUAUAUUCAACUGAUUGAUUUUCUUAAUACACGAAUCUGUUGUGCACACCAUCCUAUAUACAUAUAAUAUACACACACGGUGCAAGCUUGAGACCUUUUCCAUUACGGUAAGCAGAGAAGAAUUUGUGUACCUUUCAGAUGUGAACUCAUACUAUAUCAUAAACAUGUACUAAAAGCCAGUUAUUUAGCAUACUUGGUCCUAUCACACAAACCCAGCCGGCCUCUAUACCUCAAUAAUAUAUGUGUCCAUGUCUACACAUAAUUAUAUAUACAAAGUUAUACAUGGCUUAGAGUUCCACAGAAUCCACCAUUUUAUUCACAAAGAUGGCUAAACGACUCAAACUUCGAUUCAGCUUUCCUUCAUUUCAAUUCUGUCGUUUGAAUUUGAAGCAACUUUCUUCUUUUCCAAAAUCUCCAUCUCCUGCAACAUAUCACCAGUUCUCUCCCUUCAACCCCAAAGCAUUCAACAUCGGUUAUCCCAACAUCCCGGAGCCACCACCUUCAACCCCUAACCACCCAUUUUUAUUCAAACGCCAUGUCUUAUCUUCACCCAAUACCGUCCCAGUUGAUUGUGGAUGCAACUCAAAAUCACCAAGAGAGAAACAACCCAAAACUCGCCGUAAAUUAUACACAUCUUCGGUUUCUAAUCUCUCCGCCAGCAAUACCUUGCCGGUCAGGCUUCCAAUCAAGAAGAAGAAAGAGAGAAACAAGAAGAUGAAGAACAAGAAAGCAAAAGCAAGUGUUUGUAUAAGCGCUUCCUCAGCAAAUAGCGGCUGGUUCAGCACCGACGGUAGCGAAUACAAUGAAGAGACUGAAAGCCUAGUUUCAUCUUCCAGAAGUUCCUAUUCCUCUUCCGACUUUGGUUGUCCAUUACAGAGUAUCAAUGAGCGACCCAUUAACGAAUAUAGAAGGAAGAACAAGAACAAGAAGAAGAAGAAUUUAAAGGUUCGGAGACUGAAACGUUACAAUUCGGAGAGUUGGAGAGGAGGUGAGAAGACGAAGAAAACGAUGUCGCCGGAAAGUGGGUCUCCGGCAAUGGCGUCAGUUUUCAGGCGGUUGAAGGAGAGCUUUACGGUGGUGAAGAGGUCGGAGAACCCACAUGAGGAUUUCAAAGGGUCGAUGUUGGAGAUGAUAUUGGAGAAACAUAUGUUUGAUGCUAAGGAUUUGGAACAGUUGUUGAUGUGUUUUCUGUCUCUUAACUCACCACACCAUCACGCCACCAUUGUUGAGGCCUUUGUGGAGGUUUGGGAAGUUUUGUUCUGUAAAACUCCUCCCAAGUCUCAACGUGUUUCUAUGGGUCAUUGAGGUCGAAGAAGAUGAUGGAAUAGAAUUUUUAAUUCCUUAUAAAUAAAUGGUAUAUUGUAUAUUGUUUUAUUAUUUGUCUGUGCUGGUUUUUGAGCUUCUGAGAAAGUUUUCAGUUUUUUAUCU